AUGUUCUACCUGCUGGAGUUGAACCGGGAGCUGGAGGUUCAGCCGCGGCAUUUUGGGCCAAAACUAGCGCAAGAAGUAGAGAAACGCCUCAGACAGGAGGUUGAGGGUACCUGCAGCGGCAUAUAUGGCUUUGUGUUGGCAGUACUGAACCUGGAGAGCCUGGGAAAGGCCCGAAUCCGCGAGGGUGCUGGAUCGGCGGUGUUCAAUGUCACCUACAAGUGCAUCACCUUUAAGCCACACAAGGGGGAGGUGCUGGACGUGGUAGUGACCACAGUGAACAAGAUGGGCUUCUUUGCGGAGGCGGGACCGCUUCAGGUCUUCGUGUCCAACCAUUUGAUCCCGGAGGCUUUUGAGUUCUCCAGCAUACACGAGCCGUGCUACGCCACCCCGGAUGGGGAGCAGAGGAUAGCCGCCGCCUCCGAUGUGCGGUUGAGGAUCGUGGGCACCCGCAUCGAUGCCAACGAGAUUUUUGCGGUGGGAGACAUCAAGGGCGACUACCUGGGAGUACUACAAAUGACCUGA